AUGGCGCCAAAGAAACUCACUGACUGUCCGGAAAAUCUCCGGGAGUCCAUCGACUGGUUGAUCCAGGUUAGGCAUGGGAAUGGUCCCAAUGGUGAUGGUCUUAAGAGCUUGGCUGAGGCUUUGCAAAAGUUGAUUACAGAGACUAUUACGAAGGCUACUACUAGUCUUGAAAAUAGGAAAAAAGAACUUGAAUGCCCACCAAUAUAUUGGCAACCUGACUCCUAUUGUAAGGACAAGCAGAAGGAAAUUGAGGAUAAGCAGGCUAAAAUUAAGGAAGCUGAACAAUCCCAAGAUGCAUCUCAAAAUGGCCUUUUAUCCUCUGAAAACUCUUAUCUAGAUAAGCUUAAAUCCGACUUAGAGAAUCAUUAUAAUGACGUUCAUUAUCUUACUGAUGAUGCCAGACAAGAAGCGUUGGAUGAUAUUGAUGCCCGCCGUAUCUCUCUUGGUACGCUUGCUGGACAGCUUUCGGGUUUAAUUGGUGGAAGUGGAGAAGUUAAAAAUGCAAUUUUGAAGGGUUUGCACAGUAAUGUAAAUCAGCUUGAAAAGCUUUUAAAAACGUCUUGCGGAGGUGAGGGGUGUAAUUGUGAUAUUAAGAGUUUCAGUGUUGGACCUCUUAAAAAACUUCAAAAGACAUUUAAUGACAUUGAUAAAAUUGAGAGACAAUUUGAUAGCCUUAAAAAUGAAAUUGCUGGAAAAAGUAAGGCGUCCGUAGGGACGCCGUCCGUCAUUGAUCCUGAGAUUGAGAGGCAAAUUGAGGCAGAAAAAAAGAAACUUGACGAGCAAAAUAAGCUUCUUGAAAGGCAAAUUACACAGCUUCAAAAGCAAUUAGAAGAGCCUAAAAACAAAAUUGAGUCUGCGAUUAACAGCCUUAAUGAGAAAAUUAAGAGCAUUAAUAAUGAUAUUGAGGAUCAUAAAAAGGCGGAAAAAAAGAAGCUUGAAUCACAGGGAUAUAAUGAUAUUAAAGAUGCAGAUAUCUCCAUUCCCUCCCAUCUUUCCAAUCCUCUUGAAACUGAGCAGGCUAAAUUGAAGUCUCAUAAGGCUUCGUUGGAUUCGCUUGAAAAUCUUGAUAAGCUUAUUAAAUUUCAUCAGAAUGCUCAAAAUAAAAAAGGUGAAGAAUGUAAAAACAUUUUAACAAAUUUGUGCACAGGCCUCGAGACCUUCCUCGGCUUCAACCCUGCUUCCAAAGGCUACGACGGCACUGGCAUCGUGUACUCGGACCUUGACAGGCUCUGCGACGGGGUGAUGGCGUUUUGGGGUGGAGUGCUUAAAGAUGUUCAUACAAAUAAUAACCUUUCGCCUUAUAAAACCACAUUAGAUGCUGCGGUAAAGGCUCUAGAAACUCAUCGUCAUGAAGGCAAAACAGGUUUGCGUACUGUGAUUGACCGUGUCAAGCAGGGGAUUGGUCAGUGGUUGGAAGCUGUCACGUUGUCUAACAUACAUGUUACUAAGUAUAUAAGAGAGCUCGAGACGAACUUUAUUCCUAAACUUAUUGAAACAAUUGAAAAUAUGAAAAAAAAAUCGUAUGAUGAAGUUGCAACCAAAGGGGAAAAUGAGUUGCUCACUUGGAUCUCCAAUGUCGAGAGGCUUCCAGAGAAGAGUGAAGCGUCUUUAAAAAAGCUCCUCUACGUGGACCACAAGCUCCAAAGUCAAUUAAAUCAGCAUCUAAGCGUAAUCCAUCAGGCGGUAACAGAUUUUGUGGAGUCUGCCGAUUGUGAUCACAAUGGGUUGUUGGCGGUUACUAGGGAUGUGAAAGAGCAGAUUCAAGAUCUUAAAUUAAAAGUUAAUAAGGUUGCUGAAGAGGAGCAAAGUAAGUGCAUUGAUGAGUUGCAGGAGGAGUUUAAUGAGAAUAUUCAACAGCCGAUCGAGAAUGUUAAAGAGAAGCUGGAAUGUGUUCAUCAGCAGUUGGAAAAAUGGAUUCGAGAUGCCGGGAAGUACCUUGGCACAGAGAUUGGAAGGGUGAAGAACGAAGUUUAUAAUAAGUUGGACCAUCACAAACCACGUGAUGGCCCUAGGAGAACAGACAUUGGUCAAGGAAUUGAGCAGAUCGAGAAGGCUAACGUGAAGGUCAAGUACGUUAAUAGUGAGCUGAAGAAACAAAUCGAUAACCUGGAAGCGUGGAAGCAGAAGGCCCAGGGAGCCGCUAGUGCCGCGUUAUCGAAAUGUGGUGAGAUACUGGGGAAAGUUAGAGAAGAAGAUCCCAUUAAGCCUAAAACGGAUAUUGGUAAAGCCGCAAAAAAGUUGCAAGAUGAUGCGUUCCACUUAUAUCAGCAAAUGAAGCAGGCGUAUGAUUUUAUUCACCCAAAGGUCGGAGAGGCUUUAGGGGCGAUUGACACAGAGGUGAAAACGGCAGUUAAGAAAGAUUUAGCAGCGCUUCGAGAUGCAAUUAAAGUGACUGUAGAAGCGUAUUUUACUGAGUUGGAGGAGGUGAAUUUCGGUAAGGCUGCAGCUGUUAAAUACACGAACACAUCGUUUCUUAAUCUCAAAGGUGAAAGUUUUAAAAAGUGGCUCCAAGAGGUAGGCAAUCAAGGGCUACAGCCUGAGCUUAAGAAUCAGUACGACCACGUCAUUAAUACGCAAGUGGAGGCGCUUAAGUCCGUGUUGUACGUGCUAGAAGCUUGUAAAAAAAAGUUGACUGGUACUUCUGCAUUCGCCGCCAUGGGAGGAGAUGCUGUCGCGAAAAUUGAGGAAGCACACGGUAAAGAUCAUAGUGUAACAAUAAAUACCGGUGAUUCAACGCAGAAUUAUGACAGCGCUACGGGGAAAGAAAAGGUCACUGCGCCUUUGCGGAGCAUACAGGGUGGUGAAGGCCUUCAAAAGCUUAAUAAUAUCCAGGACAGCGAAAAUCAGACAAUUAUAGACAACCAAACCUUCACUUUACAAUUCAAAAAUGUUACAAGCCAGCUCAAAGACCUAUCCGAACUUGUCACAAACCCGUUGCAGCCCGAACAAAAGCCAGAUGGCGUCAAGGACUACUUGGCAGAUUUGCGAGAGAUGAUUAAGCGUGACGCAGAAUAUAAACUUCAAUCAUAUUUAAAAGGCUCUGUACAUGGACUCGCCAAAAUCCAUGCUGAUCUUAACGGGAAACUAUCUACCUUAUCCGGGCAACCCAACGCAAUUGACAGUGGCAUCCAUAAAAUUACGUCGGUGCUUGACAGUAUUAGAACGGUGUUGAAAAAGGAACUCAACGGUGCAGAUGGCGUCAUUGACAAAUUGACGGAGUUGCAGAGCAUGGGCGUCUUCAACGUGGAGGAUUGGAACGGUACUAUGAGUCUAAAGAAAAUAUCGAAUAUGAUCAACAAUAUCAUAUAUGGUACUGGUGAGGGCGAAGACAAAACAAACCUUGAAGCCAUAAUAGAAGCCUUUCAGAAGUUCAAUACUUCAAUAAACGAGAAAGUAAAACAAUGCAUCUCCGCCAUCACCUCCGAACUCAAAAACCAAGUCGACUUGAAGAUCAAAACGCUCCAAAACUCCGCCCUCUCCCAGUUCGCCCAGUCCAAGGCCCACGCGCUCCAGAAGCUGAAGGAGCUGGUGGAGAAGAAAAAUGAGACAAUUAAAAGGAUCAUCGAAACGGAUUCAAACACCGGGAUGAAGGGGAUGAUGAAGCUUAUGAACGGAGAAAACGUUCCCGGUGUUACAAGUUCUCAAGACAAAUUCACCCCAUUUGUAAAAUUUGUGCAGCGUGAUCUCAAUCAGUCGCCCAUGAAAGGUGACGAGCAUCGUCAGAAAUGCUCGGAGCUAUCAGAGAAAUUCAAAGAUUAUUUACUACAAAUAUUGCCGUAUAUUAUUACGCAAGUGGACUUGACGCCAGAUGAAAAGAAGGCUGCGACUGUGGCCCAAACUCCGCAGACUUCUGACCAUACCAAGGAAGUAGGCAAAAUUCAACAACAACUUAACACUUUACUUGAUUACUUUAAUAAUACUAGUACCACCCAAAACACCAGAAAAUACAUCUACGAUAAUAAGUUCAAGAAAAAACGUAAUGAUCUCAUUUCCUCCCUCGCUUCUCUAUCCCCCCAGCAAUUCGCAACCCCGCGGCACCCAGAGUUGCUCGACGCAGUCAGAGCAGGGCUGACGAAAUUCGCCGACGAGUUAGGGAUGGCGUAUGUUAGUAGGUAUGAUGGGGGUGAACCUGUCGAAAACUGGGAGGACAAUUCAUCCUCCGACAAGUUAACCACCGAGGGCCGCAACUGCGCCAAGGUCUGCCUGACCAUACUGGAGGGGCUGAGAAAAGAUCUGUUUGAUUUGCAAAAUGAAUGUAAGAAUGGAAGUUUGCAGAUUAAUACGCAUCAGAAUAAAUCACUUGGUAGCUUCUUCCAUAAACGUGGUUACACGGUCAAUUCCGAAAAUGGCAAGCAGACCGGUGAGCUACAGGACAAGAAGGAGAUGGAAGGAAGUAAAAUUAAGACUACGUUACUUGAGAUGAAAAUUGAAAACGCCGACAAUGUUGAAUCACUUAAACAAUGGAAAGCGGAGAAGAAACAAGGUGGUGACAUCUCUCUCCUCAACCUUGUUGACUUCCUUCGUGACUUUUCUCGAAGGUGUUACCGCGUCGGUCACUACUACAUUCCUGCCUCACCUAAAUCACCGUCCAACAUAUAUAACAUGUUGUGCUGGCUUGCCGGACUGAAGUACAAUCACAUGUACGACGGUGUUAAAGGCCAGUUCACAAAAAUGCUUGAUGGGCUAAAGGAAGAGUAUAAAUUGGACACGGCAGAGUUCCCUGUUGCCGUACCAGACGAAAGGAAACACCCAACGGAUGGAACUCUCACAUAUGGUAACUUGUCACUCUCACUCGACCAGGUGUGUUUAUACUCACGCACUGUUCUCAUUACCUUCCUAGGCCACGGGCACGCUGACGGUGUAUAUGCCUGUGACUUUAGCACAAAUGCAUAUAACUUGUUAUAUCCUAGUAGCCCAGCUUCAUGUCUUGACAUACUUGCAGACGUAUUGUGUAGGGUAUAUGAACAACUUUAUUUCCUAUCCAUUCAGUGUAAAAAUGGACCUACUCUUGGCGGCUGGGCCGACUGCUGGUACGGCCAGGGAGUGGGUGGAUCAGCGUGGCUGUGCAAUGAUAGGCAAUGCCCUAACCAACAAGGUGACCAAGCGGCUACCCAAAACAGUAACCAAAAGCAUAACCAAACAUGUAACCAAAAGUGUGACCAACGUGUUAUGUGCGGACUAAAAUCCCCUUUGCAGUCUUUCUUAGAAGAUGGACUGCAGGGUUUCCUGCCACAUCAGUUUAAAUCUCCAGGCUGCAAACUGGAAUGUACUCUGUCUAACCACAGAGGUCUUCCAUGUAAAACGCCAAUGGGCUUUAGCGAUAUAGGUACCGUUGCUUCCCAUACUAAGAGAGCAUCGCAUCUCAAGGACGCCCUUUCGUAUUUCUGCGGCUCAGGUUCAAACCUCAAUAAGUUGUGUUCUUAUUUCAAAUGCCUGCUUCGCGUAGCACCGCAGACGCUUGGUGACAUGUUUGCAUUCUACUAUCAGUUGCUUCAUAAAUGGGACGACAAUUCUAUUAAGCAGCACAAGAAGGAGGCAUUUGACAAUGCUGUUAAGAGAGCCAUUUUCGGUCAGACGUAUUCUAAAUUGAAUCCGACGAUUUUGUUCGACCCCGCUGUACAUGCGAAACAUGGAAAAUCAAAUCAUACCUUAGCAGACUUUUUCAGUCUUACGGAUUGUAAUCCUAAAUCAGGAUCCGGUCUACCAUGCGGCCGUUACUUGCAUCCACUCACUCUUGAUAUUUAUGACAUACAUUCUAAAUAUAAUGGCAGCCGAUAUCUCUCAUGGGUUGUAUACAGUACUGAGACGUUCUAUGAUUUACUUAAGAAAUUGUAUGACGAGUGUUGCAAUAAGUGCGGUGCGUCUGGUACCAAGUGCCAUGACAAGAGCUGUUCUAAGGAAUGCAAAGUGAAUUACAAUGAUCAGAAUGGAAAUGCUAAAAAUCCAUCAACUAACGACAAGCAUACCUCAGGCUGCCACACCAUUGUUAAAUGCCCGGAUAUGCAUCCGACGCUGUAUCAGCAUGGUUUCACCUUUGGCAGUCCAUCCGGACUGAGUGAAGAGAAGGACAUCAGGAAGAGACGUACAUGUGGAGAUUUCUGCCAAGCACUGAAAAGAGUAAUUGGCGAAAAAUGCGUCGUUGUUAGGCUUCUCCAACAGAUUGACGAUUACAUAUGGGCCAUAAGAGAGAAAUUCUCCUACCUCCUCCUCACCCUCUGGUCCCUCUCCUUGCUCUACCUGCUGCACAUCGCCGUCGUCCGCCUCGACGUACCCCGCAUCCGCUCCCACCUGAGAUCGCCAGCAUCGCACCGCAUUGCUGCCCAGUCACUACUCGCAGCGGCGCGCGUGAAGCACGGUGGCGGGAUCCCAAGGCUGUCUGACGCUCUCGGUAAGUUGUUCGACAAUGUUGUUCAGGGCGCUGAAACGUCUUCGUCGUCUCUCCCCGAAUCAGAUGAGCCGGCCGCCAGAGAUGUUAUCACCAAGCUUCAAGGGUUUCGGAGCUCUCUUCCGAAAAACCCUGAGAAUAGUAAUGAAAACAUUUUACAUAAUCUCUGUUCCGCCGUUGAGAGCUUUUUAGGUUAUCGGUCUCCUGGAACCUACGACGGUUCCGGGAUUGUAUACGGUGACGCCUCCCGUUUGUGCGAUGCCGUCGUGGCGUUUUUGUAUAGAGUGUUAAGUGAUGUGCGUGAUAAUCAGCCGUAUGCGGUUGGUAGAGCUUUGUUAGGUGGCCUAGUUGGUGACCUUGAAAAAGCCAGGUGGAGUGGGCACCAAGGCUUCAAGACUGUCGUCCCCAAGGUGGCCAGUGGCCUCGGGGACUAUAACGAGGCUGUCAAGGCCUCGAAUGACAGAGUGAAGGCGCCGAUUAACGAGCUGCUGAAAUACGUUAAGGAAGGUGGUGAGUUGCUUAGACGUGUUAAUGAUUUGCAGGUUGGAGAUGUUACUGAGGAAGAAGUUAAGAAGGCCGAGAGGCUGGUGGAGGAAUGUCACGAGAAUGUGAAACAGUUUCGCAAUAAAAUGGGCAAAGCCCCAAACAACAUUAAUGACCUAAAUAAUGGCUUGAGAAUUAAAAUUGAUAACGCGCGUAAAAACAUUGGGCAUGAAAAUUUGAGGCUUAAGCAGUGGUCCAAGAAGCAACUUGAAAACUACAAGGCUAUGAUCAAAUUGAUCAAGCAAGCCUUCCAGAAGCUCAGAGCGAGCGUGCAUUCACAUAUCGAAAGAGAGGUCAUUUACCUAGUCCAGCAGUUAAGAAACCUCGUCCGUUCGAUGUUGAGGGAGCUCAAAAAAAUUAAUGCGUUGCUGGAGGACUAUGUCGCCGACUUGGAAACGUGGAUUAAGGAGAGUCAGGAAUUUAUCGACAAAGUGUUGGAGAAAUCCGAUGAGAUUGUAAAGGAAUUUGAUGAUAUCGACACUGAGAAAUAUCCACACAAGAAGAACCUUGACGAGUCGAUUCGGAAAGUAGAAAGAGAAUUGGAACAGAAAGUUGCUGACUUGGGAACAUGGAAAAACGCGGCGAAGAAAGUGCUUGACAGUGCAAUUUUGCAUACUAAUAACGUGCGUGGGAGUUUGGAUCAUAAAAUGCAAGAUGACGGCAAGUUUACAACAAUUGGUACAGGAGUUAAUAAAAUUAAUGAAGCUAGAGAUGCAGUUAGGCAAGUUGAUACUGAGCUACAAAGUAUUCACGGCGAUAUAGAUAAGUGGAGAGAUGCAGCACAGAGUGCCCUUGGCACAGCGGUUAGUAAGGCUCAGACAGUGCAUGGGAGGUUGGACCCUGUAUCAUCGGACCCUAUUGGAAAGAAGAUUAUUGCAAUUACCGAAACCAACAAAGGAAUUCAAAGUGCAAACGAGAGCCUUAAAAACGAAGUUAAUAGGUUAGAAAAGUGGAUUGAGAGCGCGGCAGAGAUCCGUGACAAGGCCCAGAUAAAAGCAGAGGAGGCUUAUAAAAAAUUAGAGUAUAAGGAGAAACUUGCAGAAAAUAUUAGGAACAUUGAGAAUGCUAAUAAGGAAAUUAAAGAAGUUCAUAGUAAGCUGAGUGAUGUUGACAGCCAAUUGACCGAGUGGCAUACUCAGGCUGGGAGUGUGCUUGGAGAGGCUAUUAAGCAGGCGCAGGAAGUGUAUACCAAGUUGGAUCCUGUUAAAAAUGAUGACGCUGCAAACAAUCCCGUUGGCCAUCAGAUUCAUCUAAUAAGCACAAAUAACUCUGCUAUUAGCAAUGCAAAUACACAACUUAAAAAUCAUCUCUCCAGUCUGCAGCAGUGGUACACCGCCGCCGAGGCGGUGAUCAAGAAGGCUAGCGAGAAGUGUGAUGAGAUACUUAAGAGGGUGGAUAAGGAUGACACUGACUAUCAUACAAACGGUAUAAUUAAACAGCAAGCUGAAUUGUUGCAAAAUAAAGCCACGGAGCUUUUGACCGCUUACAGCAAGGCGUAUGGAGAAGUUAAUGGUCUGGUAGGUAAAGUUCAAGGAGCCAUUUCACAGUUGGAAGAGGGCAUGAAAGAGGAUUUGCAGACUAUCAGAGAUAGGAUUGUUAGACAAAUGAAGACGCAUGUUGGGGGGAUGCUUGGCGAAAUUAAAACGCAAGUGCAGGUGAUUAAGGGGAAGGAUGGGAGUGAUUGGAGUGGUGGAACUCCAAGUGGUCUUUUGGGAAUUGUCACUGGAGUGCAUAAUUAUGCCACUGCUUUUCGCAACAAUAAUUUUGCAGAAAUUGCGAAGGGCUGGUUGGAGGCCACUGUAUUAAAACACAACGGCACCGUGCGGAGGAUACUCGGUUGGAAGGAAAAUGAGGAUAUGACGGGUAACAUCGGUGCUUUCGGCAUUGGAAUGAAAACGAGACUCAGCGAUGAUGUUAAUAGUGUAGCCAAAGAGGCGUUCAAAAAUGUUGAUGUCGUCAGCGGAGGCGUUACUGAAAGUAUUCAAGCUGUCCAAAGGCUUUGCGAAGAAAUUGCCACGGCGCUGGAUAAAGAGCUUUAUACUGCCGGACGAAAAACAGUCGACUAUGUUAAGAAUGACGCGCUGACUAAGGGAUCCCUCGUCUCUGGUAUUAAAAACUGCGUCUGCGAUUGCGGACAAUGCGACAAAAAAGAAUGUGGCAAAAAAGCCGCCGCGGAAUUGAUAAUGUGCGCGCUGACAUCUACAGUGAGACAGGUCGGCAACGAGCUUUAUUCUGUAUUUCUCUACGGCGACAGGAUUCACAAGGACAGCGGCAAAUGCAUCGCAAGCGAACUGGACAAAGCCGUGCAAGCAACCAAGACGCUGCACGAUCAGCUCGGCGUGGCGGAAGACGCUACUAGAAACCAACCUACCGGCACAUCUGUCUCUUACCCAGGCAAUGAAAUUUUGGAGAAAGUUACGCAGAUUGCGACGGUGGUUAAAAAGGAAAUGAAGAAUGAGAAUGGUGAUAUAAACGUUGCAACAACGAUGCCAACUUAUGAGCAGAAGAAAAAUGGAAAGGGGGCGGGCAAAAAUCUUUAUCACAAUUUGAUCACCAAAGAUGUUAAAGAGACCAUGAAUCCUUUCAUGGACCACGCUAAACUCAGCAACCCAAGUGAAGUCCCCACUGAAAGACAAGAAGUCGAAGCCCAUGUAACCAAAAUCACCGAAGAACUCCAAGCUAUCGCCGGUAUGGUUGACAGCAGCAAGAAGCCGCCGUCAGGCGGUGACACAAAGGACGGCGUCAAGCAGCGGUUGGACAAUUUGGGGAGUAUGCUCAAGAAGGAAGAUAUUCAACUCAAAGGCAAGGGAAUAAUUCCCGAAACUGUCAAAGGCCUUGAGAAAAUCCAUGAAACAAUUCAAAAUCUGAAAACACAGCAGUAUGAACAAAAAUCUAAUGAAAUCGGAGAAGCCGUCACCCAAAUUAAGGCGCAGCUUGAAGAGAUCAGGAAGCAGUUGAAGAAGGAGCCAAGCAGUGGGCCAGGCAACGGCGUAAUUGACGAGCUGAGUGAGAUGCUAAGUAAAGGGCUUGGCAAUGAGAAAAGUAAUUGGCAAACCAAAAGUGCCGAUAAAUUCGAUGGUCUCGGGAGCAUUACGAAGGAGCUUCAGGAGCAGAAUGAGAAGCUAAAUGGUCAAAAUGACAUAAUCGCCAAAGCCAUAAGAAAAAUUCAGUUAGAACUCAAAUAUCUUGGAAUCAGACUGGAUAAAUCGUUCCACGAUGACGACGUACUGUACUUCUUGGAACAAUUACAGAAGCAAAUUGGUAGAGGUUACAGAGGUGGUGAAAAUCUCCAGAAAAUUAAAAAUGAGGUCAAAAAGUUGCAAUCCGUUGAGUUUACGGACAAACCCAUUGCCAUCGAUGGAGCCAACGAAGCAAUAAAAGAAGAACUUGUAAAGCUUCGAGGUGUGUUGAAAGAUGACAACGGCGGUGAGGAUGUCAUUACAACACUGAAGGAUUUGAUGACCACGGGGCUUGGCAAAGAUGCAAAUUGGAAGAACUUUAAUGGUCAAAGUAUAAAGGGCCUUGAAAACAUCCAAGAUACCCUUCAUGGUCAACAUAAUGAGUUGACCAAGCAACCUGAAAAAAUCGGCGGUGGCACCGACCAGAUCACCCAGGAGCUUACAAGGCUUCAGCAGCAGUUGGAUGACGCCACUAAAAAGCUGGAUGCCUUGCAAAAACAUGGCCUUGAAAAUGGUGAUGACGCAUGGACAUCUGACGAUAAAAAAUCCACAGGCAUCACUAAAAUCACGACAGAGAUCAAGACCAUUAAAACGAAGGACGUUGCAGAUGUAAGUGCCAACGUAAGAGCCCUGUGCGCGGCAAUAAGGCGCGACUGCAGGGAGCUGAAAGACUUCUUGAAGCAUCUGAAAGAAAAUCUGAUCGGCGAGCAACUCAAAAAUAUAAAAGACCAAAUUGAGAGCCUGCGCACCAAGCAGUUGGCGGGCGUCAUCAGGGACGCCAGGGAGUUUGAACGCUUCGCCGAACAAACAUGCCGGGAAACCAUUGAGCAACUGAAAGCAUACGUCGACCAGGAACUCAAGAAGGCUGAAGACAAACUGCUCGCUGAGGCCCGCCGGCAGUACGUAUCCACUGUCAAGGAGAUGCUGAAGAGCUUCGCCGCUAAGGUGGAGACGGAGCUGGAGGAGUUGCCUAAGGAGGUCGAUGAUGAUCUGAAAAAAGGCUUUAAAGGUUUGAUGAGGCAGAUGGAAGAUGGAACAACUGAUGAUAUAAGCACCGCAAAAGGGGAGAACAUCAAUAAGCUCAAGAAUGUAAGGGAUCCAAAAGACGUGGCAGCAGUUUCAUCCGCCUUCAUGAAAUUCUUCGGGCCGCUGAAGGAUUACCUGAGGGAUGAGAUUACAAGGGUGCACGAUGAGGAAAGCAAUAAGAAGCAUCCGUCACUACCGCCGUCAGCGGAGCCCUACGCCGAGAAGCUCUAUGAAGUCAACGCCACACUUAAUACGGUGCUCAUAGAAAUCCAGAACGCACAUGGCUACGACCACAGACUACCCGAAAUGCUCAACUACCUGAUCAAGACGCUGGGUGAAAUGAAGCCCGAAGCCUUCGGUAAGAUCACAACUCCGCUGCUGGACACUGUCGGCCGUGGCCUCCGUGACUUCUCCGCAGAGUUCGGCGAUGCCUACGUCUCCACUUACUCGGGCGCAGAGUACCGGGAGGCGGACGCUGACAAGUACGCCAAGGUGUUGCUGAGCUUUAUCCCGAUGACGCACGAGGCGCUUAGCAACCUGGCAGACAAAUGCGGCGGCAACUGGCGAGGCAACAAAAUAAGCAAGCUCACCAGCGACGACAGGGACAACGGCCUGGGCAACUACCUCACCAAAUGCGGCUUCAAGGUGUCACCCACCGACGGACUCCAGGAGGGCGAAUUGCAAAAUCACGGCGACAUGAUCGGUGAGCAAAUUCAUGCAUUGCUUAAAUCAACAGUGGCCGACGUGGCCGUCAAAAUGCUGAUCGAAGGCAAACCGUCAGAAACUGGAAUUAAUGUCGUUGACUUAGUUGCACUUUUUCAUAAUAUGUUAUGUCGCUACCUCCAGGUGUGCCACCUUAAGGUACACGAAUCGCCCAGAUGCCCCUGCACAGUCAGGGACAUGCUGUCGUGGCUCACCGGCCUGCAGUACACUCUAGUGGCAGACAAACUAACUGACCACUGCAGAGCGUUGCUCAACCGCAAAUGCGACGAUAACGAUGCCCCCAACAGGGACGACGCAGUCAUGGCACAGUGCAUCAACGGCCUGCCGUUCACUAUCGCAUCAGCGUGUUCAUACGCCAACUCGCUGCUAAUCGCAAUACAGGGCCACGGCCGCGGCUUCGACUUGGCCGCCUACCCCUACUCCGUCGACUUCGCCAACAACCGCGCGCAGCUGUACUACCCGGCCGACCCCGCCGAUCUCUUGGAUAUGCUGAGGCAGAUAGUAUGCCGCCUGUACCCCGCGCUCUAUUUCCUCUACGCCCAGUGCUGCCGUGACGCCGCCAAAACCAAAGGCUGGCGAGAGUGCCGUUACGGCCGGCAGGUGCCGUCCUCCCACUGGCAGUGUAACACGCUCGGCAUGCAGGCCACCGACGCAAGUCACAACUGCCCGCCCACCUCGCCGCUGCAGUCCUUCCUCUCAGACAGCUGCCCCAGCCUCCUGCCGCAUAAGCUUACCGCUGCUGACAAUGUCAUCGAAUGCACCAACUGCCCUGCCAACCUGCCGGGCCAACAGUGCCUCAUCCCGCUCGGCUUCUGGGACCUUGCACUCGCUGCCUCCAUGAAACGCACCGGCAAGGAUCUUGCCAAGUCACUCGGCCGUCUCUGCAGUGACGCCGACGCCUGCCUCUUCCAACUCUGCCGAACACUGUCCUUGCUGUGCCCCGCAGCACCGCAGUCACUCGGCGACGUGUUUGCGCUGUUCAGUCAAAUGCUCAGAAUGUGGAACCAUGAAUCAUCUCGGCGGGCUUACUCUCACCAUGAGAGUUACCUAACGCACCUGAACGGCGAAGCUAUCGACAAGCUGUUCCCUCUGUGGACACAGCUCCACGGCAGUUACCGAAAUGCGGAUCUCACCGACGCCCUCCAGGCACUCGCCGGCCAUGAGCAUGAGAACUCAGGGCACGAUGCCCUCUCCAGUCUCUCCGCCGAGCCGCCUUGUCAACCACCCAGUGGAUGCGCCCCCUUCCUCCAGCCGCUGUCGCUGCACGCCAACCACACCUUCCCGCAGAAGCACGCACAGCUGUAUGUCUCGUGGAUAGUGUGGCUGGCAUGGCGGUUAUGGGAUCUGCUGCAGUCCCUACUCGAAGUCUUGAACAACGUCGACUGCACGGCCCACGGCUGCGUCACGUGCCUGUGUCCUCCCGGCAAGCACGGCAACAAGGACGCCUGCCAGUGUGGAUCACUCGUCGAAUGUGGCGGAUCCCUGCCGGCGCUAUAUCGCUACGGAUUCACAUGUCGCAACGCCCAUGCCUUGGUCGCCGGCAGCCAGAAGAUGUGCUGCAGUGACCUCAACGCACAACUCAACAAGACACUCCACUCCGACCACUUCACUCAACUGUUCCUCCAAAUCGACGAACUCCUGUGGCAUCUCCGCAUGCCAUUUCUCUUCACCAUCGUCACACUCUGGCUCACCGCCACGCUCUACAUCGCCCACACGACGCUAUACCGCCUGGAUGUCUUGCGCAUACGAUCUCACUUAAUGCGCACCAAGGCGUCCCACCUCAUCGAAGUCAAGGUCUUACUCACUAAAGGCCGGAGGAUGCUCUCACUAUACAGCGACGUCGACUACUUCGACGACGCACCUGUUGACUAA